AUGUCACGCUCGUUCAAGGUUUGCGCCCCCGACGCGCAGCGCGCAGGCCCGCGCCGCGCCCCCACCCCGCCUCCGCCCCCACCCCCACCCCCACCCCGCCCCGCUGCGCUGGAGCCGCGCCGCGUUGGGCGUCUUGGGGACGCGCCGUCGCCGCGCUCCGCCGCUCGCAUGUUCCGAAUGUGGGGUUAUGGUGGGCGAGAUGCAGGAGUAUGCUGGCCCGCUAGGCGCCUGCAGCCUUCUCCACCGUCGCUGCUGUCGUCCGAGGAGCGUCUGCCUGUCCCCCCAACGCAGUCGCAGCCACCGCCGCCGCCGCCGCCGCCGCCGCGGCCGCCGCCGUCACCAUGCGCUGGCCGCUGCCCGUGCCGG